AUGGUCAGUGACACCAGGACAGAUUACACCCAUCAAGAUGCAGGACCCGAUACUGAGAGCAGGGAUAAUCUACUUAUUGCACACAUGGAUUGCGCUCACCUAGAACCUCUGUGUCACCACCCACCCCCACCCCAACCCCCUCCCCUCCCCGCUGGCAUCAAGGACCUCUUGGCUAAGAUUGUUGUUGCCAGGCUACCCCGAGCUUUCUGCAAGCAAAAGCAAGAUGUUCACAUUCACAUCACCCGCCGUUUGGUGAUUUAUCUGCAAGUAUUGCUUGUAAAGUUGUUUAACUUCAACUCCUAUUUUCUCAAAGCCACUCUACUCUACAAGUAUCUGAAACAUGUGCAGAGGAAGAGGAAGAGUAGGAAAUCAUGUAGGGCGGCGAAUAUCAGCUCCACUGGAGUUGGAGGGUCGAGUGGGCUGGACAGUGACAAUGAAGGACCUUCUGCAGUCAUGGUCGACAACAGUGUUGGUACCGGCCAUGUGGUAAUUGGAGGAUCACCCAGGACAAACGGUGCAUAUGUCCACUAUGUACAAAUCGGCAACGAUGUGGAGUCGCAAGUGUUGGAAAUGGAGGAAUUUUUUAUGCCCUUGUUCACUGUUUUUAUUCUCAAGACUUUCUUCUCACUCAGUUUAUCUGUUGUUUUCUGGUGUUUCCAACAAACAGUUCAAGGUACAGGGUAUCAAAAGGCACGAAACCAGCUGCAAAAAAACAACAAGAAUUACAGAAAGAACAAGCUGAACAUGGGAAGGAGUUUGAAAGAGAAAGAUGCAAGGGCAACUCGAAAAAAGGCUCAACUACUAGAUGAUUAUGCUUCAAUCAGUGCAUUUGUUGCACCAUGGCAGCAUCUAUCUCAAUUGGAUGCUGGUUCUUCCCAUGCUGUUUGUGAACAUGUAGAUGGUGAUAUCUAUGGGGAUGAUGGCAAUUGCUUUGAUCCUUUGGUUGAUAGCAAUCAAUUGAACCAUGAUGACUACAGUGGGAACAGUAAUAAUCCUACAACUGUGGACACAUCCAUGGAAAGCACUUCCAAUAUAUCUACCAAAUUUCCAUCACAAUCAUGCCUGCUAUCUACUGCUUCCCUCCAACUGCCCACUGAAUUUAAAACAGAGUACCAUCCAUGCAGUCAUCAGCCCAUUUUGCACCAGCUGUAUGAAGAAUUUGGAAUCAACAACACUGCUUCACCCACUAUGACUCAAGUCAAUGGAUUAUUGGAACUUUUCCUUCUUGUAACCAAAGGUAUGGAGCAGGUGAUGAUGAAGAAUGAUGCUAAGUUGCAGAAGGCAUGUGAUAAUGCAGGAGCUGAAUUAACACCUUUCACCAAUCAUGUCAUCUCUGCACCAUACAAGGGCAAGGAGAUGGAGUUUGAGGUUCAUACUUGGCCAGUCUGGGACUGGGCUCUUGACCUGCUUGCUAACCCACAAUUAGCCCCACACUUUGUCUGGGAUGCUGAAUGGGUUUACAAACACAAUGGGGAAGAAUAUGAACACUUUUAUGGUGAGCCUUGGACAUGUGAUCACUGGUGGGACAUACAGUCUCAGCUUCCUGCUGAUGUUGAAAAUGCCAUACCAUUCUGUUUUAUAUUCACUGUGAAAGGGUACCCUGUAGUUGUUCAGUGUGCUAAUCUCCCUGUAGACAUCUGGAAUUCUGAGUCUGUUGGAGGAGGUUGUGUUGUUGGCUGGCUUCCAAUUGUCCCAGAAGAUGCAGCUGAGGAAGGUAAACUUGGCUAUACAACUUUGAAACACAUUGUUUGGCAUGAAAGUGCCAUCAAAUUAUUCAAGGCCAUGGUUCACUUCUUGGCAACUGGCUUUCAGCAUAGACUACAAGGAACAAUGUAUGAUGUCUUUGAUUUGAGACUUUUGCUCUUCACAAUGCAGGGCAAGGAGAGGAAGCAUUCCCCCAUUCACAUACAAAGGAGCUUUCACACUGGUGGAAACUGUUUCAUUUCACAGCCAUCCUCAAGUCUGAUCAGCCUUGACAUCCAAACCAAUUGCAUGCUCUCUGCCAUUGAAACUGAGCUUCUUGUUUUCAAUGAAAGGCUACAGGCAUACAAAGAGCAUGAAAUGAACUCUUCCAUCCCAGGUCUCAAGGUAGAUUGGGACUUUCUGAAGGUGCACCUGUGGAAACAUGUGGGAUGUUGCUGGACAGACCAGUAUGACAAGUGGCACAAAGCAAGAAGUGGGGAUGAUAAUGACGAUAAUGAUGAUAGUGUCCUUGAACUGGGCUUUGAGGGACAUUACAAGCCCACCACCAUCCAGGGGAUUGAAGCAGAAUGUGAUUGUGAAGACAAAGCAUACCUGAGACUUCAAAGAAAGUUCACUGACUAUAUCAACAAAUUUCUGCCUUAA